ACGGGGUCUCUGGGGCCAUGGGAUGGAGCCGCGAUCGGUUCCCCGACCUGAGCCUGCAGCCACGAUGGAAACAAGGGUCCCAAUGCCGGGAACAGCCAGUGAGGCUCCCCCGUCCCGUGGCCCGUGGCCCCUGCGCUGUCUGGGCGCUGGCACCACCUGCUGCAGCCUGGCGCUGCUCCUCUGCGCCGUCCUGAGCCCGCGCUGGCUCCUCAUCGACUCCGAAGACGACGGGUACCACAGCGGGGUCUGGUGGCUCUGCUCCCGCCCCGUGUGCGCCGGCAUCAUCACCGAGACGUCUUCCUUUAAGGCGAUCCGGGCCCUGCUGCUGUUUGCGCUGCUGGCCUCGUGUGUGGCCGUGGCGUCGCUACUCGUCUCCGUCAGACCCUUCGCCCGAUGGCGGGGCGCUCACUUCCUGCUCUCGGCCACGGCCAAUUUCAUCGCAGGGCUGCUGGUGCUGAUCAGCGUUGUGAUCUUCACGGCCCAUGUGAUGCUGGACUCCGUCAACCCGCAGGCCAGGGCCUCCUUCCAAUGGGCCUUUUUCCUCGCCUGGACCCUCUGCCCCCUCUUCGUCCUCAGCGGGAUCCUGGCUCUGUUCGUCCACAGCAGCUGCCCGGGGCCGAGCCCCCGCGUGGGACCCUGGGGCCAGCCCAGCCAGGACCUCGAGGAGACGCCGGCCCCGGGGGGGCUGGAGGGGGGGCCGGGGGCAGAACCCCUCCCACUGGGGCAGGACGCAGCGCGGGCCCUGGGCCGGGCGCUAUGGCGGGUGUGCGAUGGGGCGAUUGUGUGA